AUGAAGGCAUGUCUCACCAUGUGGUUGGCUUUGGGCUCGGUUUUGGUCGGGAUCCCGCCAAUUAUACUAAAGGCUUUUGCAGCAGUUAGGAAUCUCAGGCUUGAUAUCAACAUCCUUGUUUUGAUUACUGUUUCUGGUUCACUUGCCCUUCACGACUACUGGGAAGCUGCCACUAUUGUCUUUCUGUUUACGAUAUCCGAGUGGCUCGAGUCGAGGGCAAGCCAUAAGGCGAAUGCUGUUAUGUCAUCCUUAAUUAGUGUAGUUCCUCAAAAGGCUGUCCUAGUCGAGACAGGUGAAGAAAUUAAUGCGGAUGAGGUGAAAUUGAACACCAUUAUAGCCGUAAAACCCGGUGAAACUAUCCCGAUCGAUGGUAUUGUUGUGGAAGGUAACUGUGAGGUCGACGAGAAAAUCCUAACAGGCGAAUCUUUUCCCGUGCCCAAGCAGAAGGACUCGACCGUUUGGGCCAGCACUAUCAAUCUCAACGGUUACAUAAGUGUGAAAACCACAGCUAUGUCAGAAGACUGCGUGGUGGCUCGAAUGGCGAAGAUCGUGGAGGAAGCUCAGAACAAGAAAUCGAGAACUCAGAGGUUUAUGGACAAAUGUGCAAAGUACUACACACCCGCUAUAGUCUUGGUAUCGGUUUUCUUAGCCAUUGUGCCUUUUGUUUUCCGAGUCAAGAAUAAGAAAGAAUGGUUCCACUUGGCGCUCGUCGUUUUAGUGAGCGGGUGCCCGUGCGCUCUCCUUCUCUCGACUCCAGUUGCCAUGUUCUGUGCCUUAUCAAAAGCAGCCACUUUUGGCGUGCUGUUCAAAGGAGCCGAACAUCUCGAGACUCUAGCUCGGAUAAAGAUUGUGGCUUUGGACAAAACCGGGACUGUAACAAGAGGAGAAUUUGUCGUAACCGACUUCAAAUCUUUGCACGAUAAGGAUAUCGACUUAAAUUCGCUGUUAUAUUGGAUCUCUAGCAUAGAAUGCAAAUCGAGUCAUCCAAUGGCGGACGCUCUAGUCGAGUUUGCAAGGUCGCGUGGAGUCGAGCCAAUGCUCGAUAAAGUUGAAAAUUUUCAAAACUUCCCCGGUGAAGGGAUUUGUGGAAAUAUCGACGAUAAGGAAAUAUAUAUCGGGAACUCGAAAAUCGCCUCGAGAGCUGGGUGUACUGCAGUUCCAAGAUUCGAAGGUCUCGAUUUAGAAGGAAAGUCGGUCGGUUAUGUCUUCUUGGGCUCGUCUCUAGCCGGCAUUUUCUGUUUAUCUGAUAUAUGCCGAACGGGAGCAAAAGAAGCCAUUCAAGAGCUCAAGUCAUUAGGCAUCAAAAUCGUAUUGCUAACCGGAGAUUGUCAUGGAGCGGCCAAACGUGCACAAGAGCAGUUAGGAGGCUCGUUAGACGCGAUCCAUGCCGAGCUUCUCCCCGAGGACAAAUCAAGAAUCAUCAAAAGCCUACAAACUGAAAGCCCGACUGCAAUGGUGGGUGACGGGCUGAAUGAUGGGCCGGCCCUGGCCACGGCCCAUGUCGGAAUCUCGAUGGGAGUUUCGGGCUCGGCCCUUGCAGCCGAGUCAGGGGAUAUUGUCCUCAUGUCGAACGAUAUCCAGAAGAUUCCAGAAGCUACCCGACUGGCUAAGAGGGUCCGUGUCAAGAUCAUCGAGAAUGUGAUAAUAUCCGUCUCGACUAAGGCCGCGAUAUUGGGCCUGGCCGUGGCGGGCCACCCGCUCGUCUGGGCUGCUGUGCUGGCAGAUGUUGGGACGUGUUUGUUGGUCAUUUUUAACAGCAUGCUGUUGUUGAGAGGAAGGCGGGAAAAAUGUUGCCGUUCGAAGGGUCGAAAGAAAUGCUCGACUAAAAGACAUGAGCAACACGUUAACGAUAUGCAUCGUCAUUCGCAUGAUCAUUAUCACCACCACCACCACCAUCAUCAUCAUCACGAUGUCCACGUGUCGGAUGAGCUGGCAUUAACAUCAGACGAGAAGCGCUCGAAAUAUCGAUGCACGGGUGGUCGGGAGGAAGGUAAACGGGAUGUGAACUGUUGCAGGCAAGAAUCAAUAAACCGGGAAAAAAAUUCGAAGAGUGAAGAAGAAGAACAUGUAACUAAGCCGUGUUUGGCCGCUACGCAUAAAAAUUGUUGCGAAAGCUACAGCGAAGAAGGGCAGCUCGAUGCUACUAGCCUCAGGGGAGGCUUACAAGAAAUUGUAAUCGAGUGA